AUGUCAAGUGCUUGUGAAAACUGUGAAAAUGGAAUUUGGAAGGAUUCUUUGGACUGGUAUUACCAAAAGGAGGAUUCGUAUGGGUUUCUAAGUAAUUGUUUCCUGAAGGGACCUCAUGAGAAGAAGAAUCAAAAAGUAUGUCAAGCCCUUUCUCCUAUAAAUAAUAAUUUAAAUGUCCUUUUACGUGAUAAGAAUGAAUUAACAAAACUAUCGAAAUUAUACUGUUUUAGAGAAAGUUCUGGAGAUAUUCUGACACAAUUGAAAUACCACGGAAAUCCACAAUAUAAACCUGCUUGCGAAUUUGUUAAUGAGUGUCUUGAUAUAUUUCGAGAAUUAAAGGAAAAACAUUGUCCAGGAAAAACCUUUAAACUUAAACGCGGCACGAAUGCGGACUCUACAAAUGAAAACCUUGCAAAUUCUAGUUACAAUACUGUAUGUUAUCAAUUAGAAGAAUUUUUCGACAAAUAUGAAACUGUUCUCUAUAAGCAUUUAGAACGAAAUGGAACAAAACACAAUAAAAUAGGAUCCCUAGAGGAACACCCAGACGCAGCUCGAGUCCGAUGUAACCUAGGCGAAGAUUUGUACUACACUCCAUUCUUUAACAUAUUCAAAUAUAACAGUCGUCGGCUUACCCCAUUUGGAGGUUUUGUUUUUGGAAUUUGUUUAAUACUUGGGAUGUUGCUGAUCAUGCAGAUUCUGUAUAAGGAACGCCUAACGCCUGGCUGA